AAUCCUACCAAGUCAGCUUCCUAAAUUAUUUUCCAAUGGGAGCAUACGUGCUCCAAAUUUCUUCUUUACUUCCAUUCAUCCCCAAACACGCCCUUAUUUCCAGACAGUUUCUCCCCUUCUCGCUCCCAGAAAAUCGCCAUUUCUCAAUCAAACUGGAGUCCCAUAACAGUAAAAUAACACACUCAGCUCGGAAAAACGACGUCGGGUUCGACACCGCAGCAUAUGAGGCUGACCGUCUUAGCCGUGACGCCGAAGCCCGAAAAGCCAUGGCUGAAACCUCCCAGAAAGAAACUCAAGAUGAAUCCGACCCGAAAGCUUGGAAAUGGGUGAUCCGAAAUCGGGUCUGGGAGUCAAUGGAGGCCCAAAACAUAGCCCAGUUCCCUAGACCCGUCCAUCAUCGGAUCCCCAACUUCGUUGGAGCCCACAUUGCUGCUAAUAAAUUAAGUGAAUUGGAGGAGUUUAAAAUGGCAAAAUGCGUGAAAGUGAAUCCAGAUACACCUCAGAAGCAAGUCAGGUUUCUCACUCUUAACGCUGGAAAGAAGCUGCUGACUCCUCAGCCCCGCCUAAGGACUGGUUUUUUCUCCAUACUUGAAUCUCAAAUGUUAAGCUCUAGCACCAUCAAAGAGGCAUGCACUUCGGUUGGUGUUGCCAAAUAUGGAAGGGCUAUCGGAUUGGACGAGAAGAUUAAGGUGGAUCUAAUUGUAAUUGGCUCUGUUGCUGUUGACCCAAAGACAGGUGCACGCCUUGGCAAGGGUGAGGGUUUUGCUGAACUUGAAUAUGGUAUGCUGCGUUACAUGGGAGCAAUUGAUGACUCAACUCCAAUUGUUACAUCUGUCCAUGAUGAACAACUUGUAGAUGAUAUUCCAGUUGAGAAGCUGUUAAUUCAUGAUGUGCCAGUUGACAUCAUAUGCACACCAACAAAGAUCAUAUGCACCAAUACUCCCAUCCCAAAGCCUCAAGGGAUUUACUGGGACAAACUAUCUCCUGAAAAGCUUGGUCAGAUCAAAAUACUUAGGGAGCUGAAGAGCAGAAUUGAGCGAGAAACUGGACAGAAGCUUCCCUGUGGCCCUUCGGAGAAGCUACCGCCAACAGCUCAACGUAGACGCUGAUUCAUUUAGCCACUGAGUGCUGUAUCUAUCCAUUUCUUCAGAGUAGAUCCCAAAGUGCAGUUAGUUGGUUGCUUAUCUUCGAGGUCCAUGCAAAUUGUAUCUAUUCGUUUUAUUAAGUUGUGAUCAAGCCCUAUUUUCUGGCAGAAAAAAGAAAGACUUUCAACUUGCCAUGUAUAUUUACUAAUAACUGAGAAAGGUUGUAACUUGUAAUUACUGUGUUGACCUAAAUGUGAUACUGAAAUGAAUGACAUCUGAAAAGUGAGUAGCAGCUCUA